AUGAUAAUUGAUAAAGAGACAUUCGAGGAAGCAAUCCAGACUCUAAACGGCGUCUACAUUCAACCAAAGAAUACUUGCAAACAAGAGCAAGGUCAAACGAUAGACUCCUACAUGCAGAAAUUAAGAAUUUUAUCCAAAGAUUGCAACUUCAAAGCGGUGACAGCUGAACAACACCCAGAAGAGGCUAUUAGAGAUUUGUUUAUCAAUGGACUAGUGUCCAGAAUUCAAAAACGUCUACUUGAAAAGACUGUUUUGAGUUUAAAGGACGCCUUCGAGGAGGCUCGCUUACUAGAACAUGCUUAUCAGCACUCAUUACAAUAUGAAUCAUCACAGCCGGAAACUAAUUGUGCGACAACUACUCUCACCAAUUCUUUGGCCACAGCCUCGCCAAAUGUUACGAUUCCUCAGAGUGCAAGCAAUUCACAUAUACAUGAAGUAAAUGCAUUAGCUAGCAAGUGUUACUUUAGCGGCAGGGUUAAGCAUCCCCGCUCUCAAUGCCCUGCAAGGGAAGCGACAUGUAAUCAGUGCUUCAAAAAGGGUCAUUUUCAAGUAUGCAAAUCGAAAUCUUCAACAGUUUCGGCUAUCGCUACUGUGCAGACUUUGAGUUUAAACAAAUCUACGAUACCAUUUUCAUCAACAACGUGCAAUUGA